UUACAUCGGUUGUUUCGCAAUCGCAGUUGCAGUAUUGAAAAUACCAGAGCAUCGAGAAAAUACGAAGUGUGUGUGUGUGUUUAAUUGAUUAUUCAAUAAAACGAAACUACGCCAUUAUACAUACACUCUCGCACACUGAAAAACAACGCGCAUGUGUUCGUGUGCGUCACCAGUUGAAACAAAAACAAAGCCGUAAAAUAAAGUAAAGAAAUUUAUUUCGAAAAACAAUUCGUCAGCAAAAAAUCGGGGGAAUUCGAGAAACAGCUGGAGGAAUCGGGCAUCUAUACCUCUCGAAAUGGAGGCGACACUCAGCUCAGGAGGAUCAAAUGCCUCCAGCGAGUGCGCCAUGGACGGCGGGACGAAUCGCUGUCGGGCCUUGGAGCCCAAUAAUGGAACCUGUACUCUCAGCCAGGAGGUAAAGGAUCUGUACAGAUCUCUUUACACCGCCUCGAAGCAACUGGACGAUGCCAAGAAGAAUGUCCAGACCGUGGGCCAACUUUUCCAGCACGAGAUCGAGGAGAAGCGGUCGCUGCUGGUACAGCUGUGCAAGCAGAUCAUCUUCAAGGACUAUCAGUCGGUGGGCAAGAAGGUGCGCGAGGUAAUGUGGCGACGUGGCUACUACGAGUUCAUCGCCUUCGUCAAGAAAAGCUGGCACAAGCAGGGCCAGGAUGCGGCCACCGCCCAGGAGAACAUGCAGAGGCUGGAGCGAUUCCUCUGCGCCGGGAUCUUUAACUACAAGAGAUUGUCGGCCCGCAUGGAGGAGAUCUACGACCUGGAUCUUAAGUAUUUGAUUGAUUUCUCCAUCAUCAGUGAUGGCUACAUAAGCGACAUGAUCGGGGAUACCAAGGAGGCGUCGCAUUCGGGCACUCAGGCAGUGGACAAGAGCCUGGAGGCGGUUUCCUUUGCUCUCGACACCAUACACUCCUCGCUGCUUAGCCUAGGCGAUCUACAUCGCUAUUUCAUUGAUUUCCGCAUUGAUAGCAAGUUGAGUAUCAGCAAGGAGCAGGUGGCAAAGUACUAUCUGGAAGCCUUUAAGCUCAAUCCGGCCAUUGGAAUGGCACAGAACCAGUUGGGAACACUGUACUACGGCCAGAAUCACGACCUGGACUCCACGUACCAUUACUUGUACUCCCUCGUGUGCAUCAUACCCUUUGAACUAAGCGAAAAUAAUCUAAACAAGCUGUUCGGCAAGCACACCGAAUACCUGGAGCAGAUGGAUCCGGAGAAGCUGGACUUUAGCAUCGAGGACUUUUUCGCCCGGUUUUAUCUCAUCGUGGACAUUUUCUUCUUCGACAAGGAGGUGCCGGACUUCAAUGCUCUGUGCCACUGCGUGCUGAUUGAUCUUCGCAAGAUCCUUUGCUCCCAGCAGCUGCGCGUUCCAGAGCCAAGUAUCUUCAAGAUCGUCUCAAUUCUAUUUUUCUGCCUGUCGAAGCUAAAGAUGAUCAACUCACCCAAGGUCUAUUCGUUGCACGCCUUCCUGGUGGCUGCCUGCUCCGAUCUGAUGGACGCCUGCAUCGUCAGCAUCGAGCAGACGAUCCUGGCCCGCGCCCAGGACAACGAACGAUUCCAGACGGAGUACGAACAGCGAUUCCAGGAGUUCGACACGGUGGUUCGAAAGUCGCGAAACGAGUACAAGAACUGGCUGGCAGCAGUAGGCGAAUGUGAACGCAAGGACAAGAAGCUGAUGCCGCGGCCGCAUUCCCUGAAAGACUGCAGCUCUGAUUCACGCGAUAGCCAGCACUCCGGCGAGGAGGCAAAGACCCAGGAGGCACCUGACGGCGACAAGAUCGGCGAGGCCGUCUCCACGCGCUCCAGCGAUGAGGCCAAAGAGUCGGACCUAAAGACCCCGCUCUCCUGCAAGAGCAAGCGUCGGGGAAUGCGUCUGCGUCGCCGGCGCCGCAAGAUCGCCCAGUCGGACGACAGCUCCUGCUACGACAGCGAGAGCGAAUUGGAUACGGACUUCUAUAGUGACGAGGAGGAUUACACAGAUCUCAGUUCGAAUUUCGAUACUGACUUCAGUGACAUCGAUGCAGCCGAUCCCGGGGAGCCAUGCGGCGAGGAGCACUAUGAAGCAGCUUCAUAUAGCAAGAAGGAGCGCAAAUGCGGCGGCGGCGGAGGAGGUGGCUUAGUGUACUCCGACAACGAGGACGUUGUCAUUGAGGAGGAGAAAAUUGUUUACCCCGAAGAAGUAGAGCGUAGAUCGAACUCACAGGAGGUGGACUCCGAGGAGUUGCUGCGUAGUUUUGAGGUGCUGCAGCUGAAUUUCAAGAGCGCAGAGGAGGCACAGACCAAGCCAGUAGAGGGCGUUCAGGCCGCUCCACCUGCUCCCGUCAGCUUCUCAGAGCCACCCAAGAAGCUCGUUUAUCGCAACAAGUACACCAAGAUCAAUCCUAACAUAGUCAUCGACUGUCUGCACAAUGAGCCGACAAUCAGAGCUCUAAAAAUGCUGUUCGACUGGCUUCGCAUCAACCCGGAGAUCCUUAUCGGCUGCUACCAUUCGAAUCCGGAGUUUGUCCACAAGAUCAUGAAGCUGCUCAACUACUGCAACAUCGACGUCUUCACCAGGAAGGUUUACUUCGAGCGCGAGCUUCUGACCACCGCCAAUGUGCGCGAUUCGCUUGUUGAGCUGUUCGACGUGCGGGCCAAUGUCCCACUUACCGAGGACUUUGCCUUCAAGAACUUCGACAUCUUCCAGAGCACCCAGAUCACUCUUGACUGGGAGACCAUUAUCCGGGAGCGCGUUACUCCACAUGAAGAGUCUAUACUCCGUAUUUUCAAAAUGGUCGACUUUGGCUUCUUCAUUUGCAAACAGAAGAAGUUCAACUACAGGUUCUGCGUUAAGACGCGCCGUUUCACCGAGACGCAGAAGAAGAAACAGCGCGAAGAAAAAAAGGGUGGCGGAUCCCGUCGUCGCGAACGUCGCACCGCACCGAAAACCAACCGAACAAAGCGGAACGAAGGACGCACUCGUCGCUACUCCGAUCGCAAGAACGGCAUUGUCCGCAAGAGCUACACCAGCAACGAGGAAAAGGACACCGUGGAGGAGUGCCGAAAGGUGCCGCGCAAGGGUUACCUAAGGAAUCGCAAUGCUGAGAAGGCGGCUGCCGUAAUAGCUAGUGCUACGGGAACCUCCGUUGCCGGCGGCACAUCCGCCUCCACAACCACAAACAGCGUAAUCGAGAAACUUAAUGUGCAGUCAAGCUCGGGGGCAGAUGAGGAGCGCUCGGAGGCCAAGUCGAAGAAGUGUGAGCUCAUGGGCAAACUCUGGCUGCAGAACGAGGUGGAGACUUUGGAGGAGGAGCUGCGGGACAGUCCCGCCCAUGUGGUGAUGUCCCCAUUCGUCGUGGUCGAUUCGAAGGCAUUGACCGAAUACAAUGGCAUAGUCAAGUCGUUGGUGAGGACCAAGAAGUGCAUUGUCCUCAUCCCGAAUGCAGUGCUCAAUGAGUUGGAUGACUUGAAGAAACGCAGCGAAAAUGUUCGUCAUGUCAUCCGUUGGCUGGAGCAGGAGUUUAAGCAGGGCAAUAGGCACUUGCGUGCCCAGCGCGAUAACGAAAGUCAGCCGCUUUCCCUGCUCAAGAUAUCACGCAAGAUGGAUCGUGACGCCUCGGUUUUCCUGCAGAUUGCCCAGUUCUGCAAUCACCUGGUGGCCAACCAUUCCGAUCCGCACGUAAGCGAACUGCAGAAGAGCGUCGUCACGUACUUGUCUGGCGAUAACCUGCACGAGAAGAAUCGCCAGCAGCAGAACUUUAGCUACACCGGCAUCUUGGACUCAAUACCUGUCCGCUAUGCCCAGAUCCAGAGCUUCUACGCAAAAUUCAAGGCCAACAAAAAAUGAACGGGCCCAAGUGGAGCGGCAAAGGUAGCGGGCGCUAAGGUGGCAAAGGCAACUGCAGACCAGAUGCAAUGCAAGCUAAAAAAGGGUGCGAGCGUGUUCUCUCUGUACAACCACAAAUCGACAUGGAGUUCCAAAGUUAACGAAAGCCGUGGACGACGGCAAAACCAAAUCAGCAAUCGCUGCUGCAGCCUCGGUUGUGGCUGUGUUUCCCCCAACAAAAACUGAAACUUUUACCAUCUGUGGGAGCAUGAUUCCCAGCCUAUGCAGCUGCAGCAUUGCGAGGAAUUUGCUUGUUGUGUUUAGACCAAACUAAAACAAAAUACCAAUCAAAAUCGUUCACUUUCAACUCGAUGGCUACAAUGAUGACGACCCCCCAGCUAGUGUUAAAUGGACAAAUGGCAAAAGCGAAACAUAAAAGAAAAUAAUAAGGAAAAAACAUUAAAAAAAACAACAAUUUUUCAAGAUAAAAGCAGGCUAGGUCUGAACGGUUCACGGGCAAGAGAUCUUCAGCCAAGAGGAGGAAGAGCGGAAUGACGCCGACCAGGAUGGAUCGGCCUUCUAAUCGGUUAUUUUCUUGAUGUACCAAUCCGUAUUCAAGAUUUCGCCCUUCCUGCGUCGAGUUGGACUGUGGACCCAAUGCCUCUUGAUCAUUUCUGCAGCUGUGUUUCGUUCUCGGUUUGGCAGACAGAGUAAAUUUAAAUUUUCACGCCUCUGACUAGGCAAUCUGCGUGAUUUUCUCUACAAAAAAAAUAUAUGGUAUAUAUAUAACAACUUACAUUUUAAUGCAGUCUUAACUAAAGUCUCGCUUGUGGGACACAAUGCAAUUUCCCAUAAAGAAUAAAGGAAAAAUGCCGCACAUAUGUAAACAAAAUUCUACAUCAUUUUAAAUGUUUCAAAAAUUGAAUGCUUGUUAGAUUUUGUUUGAUUAAUAAAGCGCCCGACCACAAA